AUGAUUACUGAAUUAGUUGACUACAACAACGAUUGCGAAACUUGUGCAGAAUCCUGCAAGUGCUCUCAAAACUGUGACGGAAAUUCAUGUGAUUGUCACUCCAACUGUCCAUGUACCCAAACACAUUCACAUACCUGUGAAGAUUGCGGUGGAAAGUGUGUAUGUAAGGGUUCCUCAUGUACUGGUGAUUGUGAAAAGAGUGCUAAUUGUUCAUGUAAGAAGUAA